CAGGCGCAGGCGCAGACGGGCCGAGUGCAUCGGGCUACGGCGGGUACGGCGGCCAAGGGUUCGAGGCGCCAGACGGCGAGGGCGACGACCUGUUGCGCGCGACGGCGCCGGGCACGUUCGAGUUCAAGGACAAGCAGGUCGCGUCGCCGGUCAACACGCUCCUCAAGCUCGUCGCCGCCGUGUUUGCCGUCCUGUGCCUCGUCGUCGUCCUCGCGCGCAUGAGCUUCAUCCCCGAGCACCACGCCGUCAAAGUCGCGCGCUUCAUGCCCCAGUCGGUGUCGUCCUUCAUGCAGGUGUACGAGGGCGGCAGUCCGGCGCCGCACCCGAUCCUGCCCUUGCUCAAGUCGGCCGCGACGAGCUGGGACAAGAAGCUCGCGGCCCAGUCGACCACGUUCGACCGCGCGACGCGCACGUACAAGAGCCGGUACGGCCUCUCGCCGCCGCCCGGGUUCGACAAGUGGUUCGCGUUCGCGACCCAGGGCCGCAACCACUCGCUCGUCGACGAGUACGACCAGCUCAUGCAGGACCUCGCGCCGUUCCGCGAGCUCGCGCCCCAAGAGCUCCGGCGCCGCACGGCAGAGCUCGCCCACGUCCCGGGCAUCUCGAUCGUCUCGAUCCGCAACGGCCAGGCGCAGGUCCACUCAAAGUCGGGCAAGUGGCUCCCGGCGCAGGCGUUCCAGGAGAUGAUCGCCUCGUUCGUGCACGACCUCCCCGACAUGGACAUCGCCAUCAACGAGAAGCCCGAGGGCCGGGUCCUCCCUCGCCAGCAGCGCCGCGUCUACAUGUCCGACUAUGGCCUCGAGGGCGAGGAGCUCGGUUUCGCCGCCGAGUGGAAGCGCGACGGGAACGUGUGGGAGGCGUACCGCCGCUCGUGCCCGACCGAGUCGGCCGCCCGCCGGCUUGUUGAGUCGGUCCGGUCCGCCGAGACGCACGGCUCGCUCGUCGUCCAGGGCCGCACGACCAACAAGGUCGACGCCGUGUCGACCCGGCGCAUCAAGAGCCAGACGGUCCUGCCCGUCACGCGCGAGAUGACGUUCAGCCACGACCUCGACGCCGAUUUCUACGUGUGCGACUCGCCGUCGCUCCACACGCUCCACUCGGCGUUUUACUCGGACCAGCGCAGCAUUGAGCACCUGUACCCGGUCUUUUCGCCGUCCAAGCCGUCGGGCUACGCCGACAUCCUCAUCCCGUCGCACCACUACUGGCAGCCGACGAGCGAGUUCACGUACGAGCUCGAGUACCGUCGAGGGCGCACCAAGAUCCCGACCGACAUGGACUGGGAGCUCAAGAAGGACGCGGCGUACUGGCGCGGCAAGGUGACGCGCGGCGCCGACACGCCGCCGGGCCACGGCUCGUCGUUCCAGAAGCAGCGCCUCGUCAAGAUGGCCAACCAGGACGCGUCGUCGUCGUCGUCGGCGACCCGGGUCCUCGUCGCGCUCGACUCGAAGACGGCCCAGCUGUCGGCCCUGCCCGUGCCCGUCCACAUCGCCAACAAGGUGACGACCGACAUUGCCAUGGCGUGCGACCCGCAGCUCGGCGAGUGCUCGUACCUGCGCUCGUUGGGCUACCGCGUCGAGCCGCCGGCGCCCAUGAGCGACGCGUGGAAGCACAAGCUCGUGCUCGACAUUGACGAGAUUGGCUUCUCGCCGAGGUUCCCGGCCCUCAUGGAGAGCAAGAGCGCCGUCGUCAAGUCGAGCAUCCAGCGCGAGUUCUGGCGUGGGUGGGCCCAGCCCUGGUGCCACUUUAUCCCGCUGUCGUCGUCCUACUCGGAGCUGUACAACCUCGUCACCUUUUUCGAGGGCUACCCGGCCUCGAUCGUCGGCGCGCGGGGCAAGAACCGCACGUCGAGCCUCCAGCCGACCGUCCUGUCGCGCCCCGCGAGCCCGAUGCCGGACCUGCCCCUCAAUGCCGACGGCUCGGCGUUCGACACGGACAAGGCGCUCAAGGACAUUGCCGACGCUGGCACCCAGUGGCGCCAGCAGCACUUGCGCAAGGAGGACAUGGAGACGUACGUCUACAGGUUGAUGGUCGAGUGGGCCCGGCUCGUGACGGCGGUCGAGGAACCGGUCGAGGAGGAGGAGGCCUGAGCGCGAGUCCGUUAGACAGAGUAUUAUUCCCCGCAUCUCCAUCCCUGCAUCAACCUGUUCAUCCUC